GAAGUUAAUCUCAUCCAAUCAGAUCCUCAAAAAAAUGCCUUGUUUUACUGCUUGUCCAAUCGGGUGUUGCGCUUCAGAAACGCCUUCCUUUGGAAACGCCAACUUUGUCUGUGGACCGACCAACUUAACAGGGUCUGAUUUUGAGAUCGGAUGCUGAGCACAGUUCGGGAAAGAAGGCGGGACCGACGUUAGAUAAGUGAAGAUCCUGCCAUGGCUGCAGCGGUGUGGACGGAUCGAGGAACUCGGGCUAAGAAUCUGCUGUGGAUACUGAUGGGAUCCAGAUCGAAUCACACUGCUUUAAAACCCUGCUAUGACGCGCUGGUCAUCGGAGGAGGACACAAUGGGCUGGUGGCAGCCGCCUAUCUUCAGAAGGGAGGGGUGAAGACAGCCGUGCUGGAGCGCAGACAUGUGCUGGGAGGGGCAGCUGUCACAGAGGAGAUCUUUCCAGGUUUCCACUUCUCCAGAUGCUCAUAUUUGCUCAGUUUGUUACGACCUCACAUAUGCAGAGACCUUGAGCUUAAGAAACAUGGAUUGAAGGUAUACAUGAGAGACCCCCAUUCUUUCACCCCCAUGUUGGAGGAGGGGAUGAAGGGGGCUGCACCACGGUCCCUCACCCUCGGGUCAAAUCUGGCCAAAAACCUAAAUGAGAUCGGCAAGUUUUCACAGAAGGAUGCUAAGGCUUAUCCAGACUUUGUUGCACAUCUUGAAAAGUUAGCUAGUGCUAUCCACCCUCUGCUGGAUUCUCCACCUGUAGAUAUCAGAGGAGUUACAGCUGGAUCACUGAGGAAGAGGCUGGCUGCAACUAAGACGCUGACGCCUAUUGCCAAAUUAGGUCUGAAACUUGGAGGGAAUAUUCCAGAAUUUUAUGAAAUUAUAACUGCACCUAUCAUGAAGAUUCUCACUCGGUGGUUUGAUUCAGAGCCACUGAUUGCAACAUUAGCUACUGAUGGUGUGAUAGGAGCCAUGACCAGUCCUAGCAACCCCGGUAGCGGGUAUGUGCUCUUGCACCAUGUAAUGGGAGAGCUGGAAAAGGAGAAAGGAGCGUGGGGUUAUGUGGAGGGAGGAAUGGGAGGUUUGUCUCAGGCUAUAGCAAGAUCCGCUCAGUCUUACGGAGUAGACGUUUUUACAGAGAAGAAUGUCGAACAGAUUCUUGUCGGUUCAGAUGGCGCAACUAAAGGAGUAGUGCUAAAAGAUGGUGCCGAGAUUCACAGUAAUGUGGUUCUGUCAAACGCCACCCCCUAUGCUACCUUCAAGUACCUGACACCAAAGGGUGCUCUUUCUGAAGAGUUCAUCAGAGCUGUAGACCAGGUAGACUACACUUCACCUGUUACAAAGAUUAACGUGGCAUUGGACAAAUUACCAAACUUCCUGGCAUCACCCACACCAGACGAUAAGCCUGGACCUCAUCAUCAGUGCUCAGUACACCUGAACUGUGAAAAUGUGGACAUACUUGAGGCUGCAUAUAAAGAUGCCAUCAAUGGACGUCCCUCAGCGAGACCUAUGCUGGAGAUGACUAUCCCAUCUGUUUUGGACCCCACUCUAGCGCCCCCUGGCUGCCAUGUUGUGUCAUUGUUCACUCAGUUUACCCCAUACCACAUCAAAGGCAGGGAGUGGACCCAGCAGGACAGAGAGGACUUUGGAGACACUGUUUUUGACUGGGUGGAACAAUACGCCCCUGGGUUUAAAACCUCCGUUGUGGGCAGAGAAAUCCUGUCUCCCCCUGACCUGGAGAAGAUCUUUGGACUCACUGGCGGGAAUAUCUUUCAUGGAUCAAUGUCUCUGGACCAGCUCUACCUAGCGCGACCUUUGCCCUCACUUUCAGACUAUCGCUCACCAAUUAAAGGACUCUAUCUGUGUGGCAGUGGCUGUCAUCCAGGUGGCGGUGUGAUGGGUUCUCCAGGCUGGAAUGCGGCGCUCACUGUUAUAUCUGAUUUGAAGCGUCGCUGAGAAUUGUGACAGCAUUAUUGCAAAAGCAUACACUAAAAUCUUCAAUACUGCACAUCUACAUUCAUAAAAAAAAAAAAAAAAACUUUUUAAAGUUCAAAAUUUAAAAUUGCAACCCACACUCCAUUCUUGCAUAAGUACUCACAUACUCCUUGAAUGUCACAUUCUGUGAUGUUCCACUCACAGACUUCAAUGUAUUUACUUGAAUAGUUAAUGACGUAUCAAUACGAAGUAGCACAUGAUUGUGAAGCAAGAGUCAAGCAUUGCCCUGUAUGAGCUCCAUGCAUCUGUCAAUCAACUUUGACCUACUUCCAUGUCUUUGCUGAAGAGAAGUAGCCUCUCAGCAUGAUGCUACCACCCCCAUGUGUUCAGGAGGAUGUUAGGUUAGAAGUGUAUGGGAAAACAUCAUCAGCGCGUUGCCCCCUCCAGACGGGGUUUUGGAGGGGGCACUUCUCUUGUGCUGCGCCCCUAUGCGUUGCAUACGCUGCAUACCCACUUUUUGCGCCACUGGUUGUGACAAACUACAGCUACUUGCUGUAGCUUUUUUCUUGCCAUUCUUCCACAACGAUCAGAUUUGUGGGGAACUUGACCAAUAGGGUUUUUUUGUCAACAGGUUCUCCCACCUGAACAAGUAGUCUUUGCUGCUCCUCCAGGGUUACCAUGGUAAUCUUGACCACUUCUCUGAUUGUUGAUCCCUUUUCCUAACCUGUCAGUUCACAGAAGCCAAGUCCUGCUGGUCUCCAGCUAUACCUGGAUAGUACCCAUACCAUUUAAGGGGUAUGGAUACUUAUUUAAAGGAAUACAUUUGAUUACAUGUCUUUAUUUUGGAGUUAUUUUCUGCAACCAUGUAUGAAAGAAGUCAAAUUUGAUCCUACAGACAUGUAAUGAAGGUGGCAAUGAAAUGGUCUGUGGGACAGGUUUUGCAGUUAUCUUUUUAGACUACUACAACUUUGAAAUCACUUGAUCAUAAAAGAGAAACAGAUUUUGAUUUGGAAAAGUAGUUAAUAUGUAUCAGAUUAAUCAAGUGGAAAUAUGUUUUUACACAAGUAUCAGUUAAAGAUGAGCAGUACAAAAGCUUGCACGUUCCUCAAAAGUGACAUUUUAAGGUGAUCUUUAACACUUAUCUCAGAUGUUUGCAAUCAUGAAAAUGAUGUACAGUGAAAUUUUUAGGUUUGAAAAUGUUUAAAUAAAUUCAAGCAAAGCUGUUUACAAAACAAAGUAAACAUCUCCCAUC